CAGUCCAAGCUGAGCGGACGGCGGAGCCGCUUUGAGGAUUGCGCCGGUGAGGAGGAUGCGCGCGUCCCCGCCGGAGAGGCUAUGAGGAAAGAGAUUCACCUGCUGGGUUAACAGAAGAGCGCACCGCACCAACAGAAUGCGGGAAAGGGGUCCUCGCAUUUGUGGAGUCGGUGUGUGGAGUCUGCUGCUAUCCCUUUGUUUGGCCUCCCUCACCCAUGCACACCGGAGUCACACAGUGCACGUGAAAGCAGGAACGUGUGAAGUGAUAGCUGCACAUCGGUGCUGCAACAAGAACAAGAUCGAGGAAAGGUCGCAGACGGUCAAAUGUUCCUGCUUCCCCGGUCAGGUCGCCGGCACAACUCGGGCGAUGCCCUCCUGCGUUGACGCAUCCAUCGUUGCCCAGAAGUGGUGGUGUCAGAUGGAACCAUGUAUGGAAGGUGAGGAGUGCAAGGUUCUGCCAGACCUCACAGGAUGGAGCUGCAGCACCGGCAACAAAGUCAAGACCACAAAGGUGACCCGAUAGUCUCGUCCAUCUCAAAAGAAGUAGUCUGGAAAGUUGGCGAAACAAAGCACAAUGGACCUAUCCAGUUACGAGGAAAAGCACUGACACGAGUCCCUAAAGGGAAGUAGCGAUUGUUUCAUUUUUCCAAGGAUAACCGAGAACCGAGGGCAGAAGAGGCAGGACUCUACUCUGCUUUCCAUCACCAUAAACACAGCUCAGUCCCCUGUGUGCUCUACAGCAGAGGACAACUUUGUGCACACAAAAGAGAUCUUCGACCUAAAAGGCACUCGAUCGGAUGACGGAGCAUCAACGACUUUACAGAUAUAAAAAAUACAAAAUUCUUUAACUUUUUUCAGGCUGUGCUCCAUACAUGUAACAGGGGAAAUUGCGUUUUUUUUCUUUCUUUAGUUCUGUUUUCCAAUCGUCCCCAGAAACAGAGGGAAGAGGAUCACCAAUGCUUGCUCGGUGUGAUGUGGGUGACAUAUUCAAAUGAAACUGUGCCACAUGUAACCCCUCCCACUUUUCUCAUAAUGUAUCCCGGAUCUGCAAAUGAAUCUUUUUCUUUCCUGACCCCAUUUUAUUUUUCUUAUUCCAGGAGAAGAUGAAAAUAUUUUCCCUUUGUGGUUUACCACAUGCCAUUUUUCUGAUGCCUACAGUUUAUCAGUCUUCUUUUUUUUCUCUUACGUUUUUCAAAGUCCUUUCAAAGUUGAGGUUAGACUAAUACCAAGUAGAUGUAAUGGUGCACUGCAACAUUUAAAACCCGUAACAGAACGGGGUCGUGGAAUCACCUGGGCUAAAGGUAAACUGAUGCUCUAAUGGUUUUAAUAUCUGUGUUUUUAAAACGCCUGUUAACCUCUAUUGAGUACAUGUGUCAGUAUUAUAUGAAAUGAAUUAAAAAUUUCAAAUGAAAA